AUGUUCGAUAGAGUGCACGGGCGUAUUUCUGUUUCCAAUUUCGAGGGCUCGAUUGGAUUGGGACGUCAAAUGGAGGAUCGACCAAGUGCAAUCAAAGUAACUGAUAAGCAACUCCAGAUGAUAUCUAGAGUUCCGCGAGUAUUUGGCGAUUUGACAAACGUCACACUGGCAGUAUCUUCCGGUGGUAGUGUGCAGUUUGGGGUGAAAAUCGUCCUGAUGUAG